AUGGGGAGGCUGCGGAAAGUAUCUCACAAGGAUGUACCACUAGUCCCUUCUCUUGAGAGUGCAGAUUCUCAGCAUGAUAUGUUUGUGCCUAAUGAUUUCGCAGAUGAUUGUUCUAAUCCUAUGUCGUUGGAAAUCUCUAGUGAUGAUGGAGGGCUUGACAAAGCUCUAUUUGACUUCUAUAUGGACCAUAAAGUUAAAUGUUUGAAGAGGAGGUUAUCAUCUGCUGCAAGAAGAAACGUGAGGCUGAAGCGGUCUACUGAUUUGCCUGUCUGUUCCACUUUCACUAGAAAUUCUGGGAAGUUUUUCUCAGGUGUUGUCGAUGGUUUGCGUCCACGCAUCAAAAAGUUUAAGGACUCCACUAAAGUUGCUUCCAAGAGAUCAGUCACGUUUGGUGGUUGUCACUCUGCUUUUGCUGUUUCCUACCUUGACCAUCUUAAUUUUGGUCUUCACUCAAUUUCUGAUGCGAAACCUUGGAUUCUAGCGUGGAGAGGGAACAAAGUCAAACAGUUUGCAGAGCUUGAUAAAAACAAUAGCCGCUCUUAUGGAAAGAGGCCAUUGAAGCGAGGUUCUGUUCAAAAAUCUUCAGCAAGUAAGAGUUUGGAUGUUGAUGCAUCCGAUGUUCCAUUUGCUACCAGAGUUCAGUCAAGUAUUGGUGCUCGUUUGGGCUCUGAGUUUGUUCAGGAACUCGUGGAUCUUGUUCAGGCUAGACAUCAAGAGAAGCCUAAGAUUUUUGUUGAAUGGUCAGAGUCUAUCAUUGCUGAUGUAUUGAAUUGUGUGUUGCAUUCUUCUUUUCUUGCAAACAUUCAUGCUUCCCCGCAAGUUUCUGGCAUUGAGAAUCAUUCGUGGAGCAAGUCCUCUUUUGGCAGUAAGAGUGUUUCUAUUCAAUCUGCUAUCCCCAAUACAAAGUGUGCAAUAUUUGAUGAUAAUUCUGUGCGUGAAGUACAUCCUCAUGGUCCAAAUUUACCCAGUCUUGUAACUCCUGUUAUUCCUGUUGUUGAUGGUGGUAUUCAUAAUCCAGUAGUUCUAGCUGGUUCCACCACUCCUAAAUUGUGUGAUGAGGUUGUGGUUAAUCAAGCUGCUGCUCCAAAUUGUCCUGUCUUGUCCGAAGAUAAAUCAAGAGUUUCGACUCCAGUGCAUUCUAUAUCUGCGAAAGAAAAAUCUUUUCCUCUUUUUGUUGUAGGUGUGGUCCAGGGAAGCUGCUGGGAGGGACCGGCUGGUGGGUUCAUUGUUCUUUUUGUUUACUUGACAACCGGGUCUGACUUUCACAGCCCGACCCGUUUUGUGGGAAAGAGCAGUUUUAUUUUUGUUGGUUGUUUUGUACAAAUACAGAUGUCAUCAGGACAGUGGUCAGAAAAUUUGACUGAUAUUCAUUGGAAAUCAAUCAAAUGACAAAUAGACAGUCCCUAUUUUUUCAACAAA